UGAAACUUCACGGAGUACAAAAAUGGCAGCCAAAAUGGCUGACUUCCCCCUCACCUCCCUUCACCCUAACUUACACACAUACACCAAUAUCAGCUUCUAUGGAUGUUCGGUAAACCAAGAAAAAAUACUUUUUUUUCUGCUACUUACAUGUUAUCUGGAGUGAUGAAAGUUGAAAGCCUCGAAUUAUUUAAGUCACGUUAUUAGUAUUUUAACUAUUUUACUCCUAUUGAUCAAGUAAAUAGCCGAAAUAGUGCAAUUUUCUACGAGGAAAUUUUUUCCUUUGGUUACACACCAUCAAACACCCCUCACCCCAAGGCUAGCUUUUAUCAAAGGUUCGGAGCACUUUCACUAUUUUUUGAUGACCCACUCACUAAAGUAACACUUCCGUAUAUUUUGAACUUUCAUCCACUGAACAAAUAUUAGCAAUAUAGGCAAUAGAUUGCAAGAUUUGUGCAUUUUUAUUCCAGGCGAUACCGAUCACACAGAUUCAACUUUUUUUUUCACUUCAUUCCGCCUACUGCUACCCAUUUCUCAAACGGUUGAUCCAAUUUUGUCACCAAUCCUUACGAACUUGUUCAUGUCGGUGCUAUUUAUGACAGUGUUUGACAAACAUAGCACCAACUUGAACUUGCUGAUCUGAGUAGGUAGCAAUGUUCGACCAUUCGUCUGAAAAGCUACUCGCCUGGGAGUGCUGGCAGUUCUGCAAACUUGAAAUGCAACAAAAACUUUUUUGAGUGAUCGAAAAAUAGUAUAUUACACUCAGCAUAAUAUUCUUAAACAAAUUCUUCAUAAAAGCAAACAGAAAUGUGUUGGGUAAACAUACCUUUCUUCUUAAAUAUUAAUGUUUUUGCCCUCAUAUUUCCGAGCAUAAUUUCAAAACCAUAAAUAUGGCCUCACUGCCAUUGCCGAUUUAGUCCGUCGAAAACAUAAACAAAAACAAAAGUGAAAAGUAUUGCAGUUGAGUGAAAUGGAUCGAACGGGCAGACCGAAUAAAAAACGUAAAGCUGCAAGGCAGCGCGAGGCCAAAAAGAAAAUUAAACGGGAAAUCGUUGAUCCAUUGGCCUGGACUUUUGAAGACCCGUGGCGAAGUAGUGAGUUUCCGUGCGAUUCCGGUUCUGAGAGUGCCUGUAACGAAGGAAGAUUGAACGACAUUGUACAACCGGUUGCAGUACAGGAGCUGGAUGAUUUGCCGGUAUAUUUUCCUGUGGAAUGUGGUUCUCUACCAGAAAUACCCUUGCCAACUGAAGCAGCAACAGUGCCGGAAGUAUCGAUCCUGUCUUUCCCCGACUUCAACGUCAACACGAACAACGUUUUCUUGCCACCGUUACCUGCGAUAGACAUCGAUUCAGAGCCAAAACCGGAUGCCGAACAAGCUUCUAGAGCAACUGUGGAUGUACCAGAAGAAGGCAGUCGAUCUUUCUCGUCUCUUGGGACAGUUUUGGUAUCAUGUGAAGACACAGAUGCAGUUAAAAAGCUCGAAUAUGAUUUGGACCGUGCACCGGAACGUCCAAGGGAAUUAGGAUCGUUUUCUCCUGAAAAAUCGCAGGCUUUGUGGACGAAUACUGAAAGCGUGUCCGAAGAAUUUUUGAGGCAGCCACAAGCAUCGUCGGGUCCAUAUGGUAAGUUUUCGUAAUUUUCAAAAACGAUUAUCAAUUAGUAAUUUGAUUAACACUAUAAAUGAAAAUCAUUCCCUGUGUAACAUUGGUUUUCUUAUAGGACUCUCAACGUCAUAUGAUUCGAUAGCACCAACUAGUACCCAAGAGCACUAUGGCACUGGGACUGAUUCAACGCCUCGGAAAGUUACGCUUUCUAAAACAGAUACAAUAAUCUUCGAGAUUCCUGGUGUUCCUGCUGGUUGCGUAUACGAUGAUGAGCAAGACUGCUACUGUACAGCCUGUAUGAAAUGGGCA